ACGUUACUGGUUUGUAUUCCAGUCUGGCUGGCAUCCCCAAAGCUCUGCUGCCUGGUAUUGGGGGAAAGAAAAUCCUAGAUUUCUGGUGGGAAACAGUCAACACGCGUCAACUUUUCACUGAAGUCUACCUGGUGACAAAUGCAGAUAAGUACAAACAUUAUGAGCGGUGGGCGACAGCCAAUGACUUUCCAGUGGAGAAUGUGGUGAAUGAUGGCAGCACAACUUUAGAAAAUCGUCUCGGAGCAGUCGCUGACCUGGAGCUGGCCAUUCGAAGCCGCGGAUUACAAGACGACAUCAUGGUGAUAGCAGGAGACAUGCUCUGUUCUGAUCAAAAUCUUGACAUUGCUCAAGUUAUUCGCUUCUUCAGAUCCAAAACUGGAGAGUUGGCUAUAUAUUAUGAGCUGGAGGAAGGAGAGAAGUGCAGCACCCGAGGCAUUGUGGAAGUAUGUCCAGAUUCUCACAGCAUCAAGCGUUUCCUUGAGAAACCACAGGAGGGGGUCACUUUGUCUCGUCUGGCCAGCGUGGUCUUCUACUGCCUCCGCAAAGAGACGCUAUCUUACCUCUCAGACUUCCUGCACAAGCAGCCGGAUGUGGAAUACAGGACGCUCGGCAGGUUCUGGGAAUGGCUCAUAAAUGAAGAAAAAUUGCCAGUGUUUGGCAUGAAGCUGCCAACAGGAUUCCAGCUAAUUGGCCAAGUGGGUCUGUCUGAUUACACCAAAUGGCUGGCGCACUACUCAACCAAACAGCAGGAUUCACCAGCCAAGCCCAUCACGUUCCGCUCCUAUGCCAGGGUUGGGCUGAUGGGAAAUCCCUCUGAUGGCUUCCAUGGUAAAACCAUCGCUAUGAGCAUCUCGAACUUCUGGGCCGAAGUCACACUAAUAGAGAGUCACACUCUGGUCCUCCUUCCUCAUCCACUGAACGAUCCCACUGAGUUUGGCAGCCUGCAGGAUCUGUUUCGCAUCAGCCACAAAGAGGGGUAUUUGGGAGGUCUGAGACUGCUGCAGGCCACCUGUAAGAAGUUUUACCAGUUCUGUUCAAGUCAAGGUAUUGCUCUCACCAAGCAGAAUUUCACUCUCAAGUAUGACACUAAUAUUCCACGACAAGUGGGCCUAGCUGGCAGUAGUGCAAUCGUAUCGUCUACCCUGAAGUGCCUGAUGAAGUUUUACAACCUUACAGAAAAUGAUCUCCCUAAACCAAUCCGAGCCAACUUUAUACUGAACGUGGAGACUGACGAGCUCUUCAUUACUGCUGGACUGCAGGACCGAGUGGUGCAGGUCUAUGAAGGCUUGGUGUACAUGGACUUUAACAAGGAGACAAUGGACAAGCAGGGCUAUGGAAAUUACAUCACCAUGGACAUGAGCGAUCUCCCCACCUUUUGGUUGGCUUACCUGGGGGAUCCUAGUGACUCUGGUCGCAUUCACAGCAAUGUGAGACAGCGCUGGCUAAACGGUGAUCCUGAUGUUGUUGAAGUCAUGAAGCAGUUUGCUGAACUUACAGACCAGGCCCGGGCAGACUUUCAGUCUAAGGACUGGCCCAAACUAGCUGAGCUGAUGGACAGGAACUUUGAACUGAGACGGUCUGUCUACACUGAUGACUGUUUGGGUUCAGGGAAUCUCAGAAUGGUACAACUGGCGAGACAGUUUGGCUCUGCUGUGAAAUUGCCUGGCAGUGGAGGUGCUGUAGUGGGCUUGUGUUUGGACCCUGAACAAAUGGAGGCGAUGAAGAGAGCAUUCCAGGAAGCUGGCUUUGUUUUCUGCCUUGUUGUGCCUCACAAUCCAGCUGAGAGUGCAGUACAGAGAUCAAAAUAAUGUUCUUAUUGAAUGAGAUAUGAAUAAGAUAACAUUUCUGCACCAAAAUGAUUAGCAGCUGAGAGAUCUAAAAUCUUGGGAGAACUAGAGGACAUUGUUCCUGGGUGCUAUACUGACUGGGUUCUGUGCUACGGUGGAUUUUCAGCUCUGGUCGCGAAUAUGAGAGUCACUGAACUGUUGUUGCUGUGUGUGUCUGGCAGCACAAACAAUUGUCCAGUUAAAGUGCUAUCAAUGCCAGCAUUGUACACCCUUCCUGUCCAGUACAAUAAUAGCCAAAGACUCAGGACAAAAAAGGAGUUGUGAGGUAUUUCUGUAUGGAAACAGUUGCAAAUUUCAAAUGUAUUUUGUACACAUCAUGGUGCAAUUGCACACACAGUUGAUUAAUUUACAUAUUUUAUUGUUUUUAAAUACCACCCUUGCAGCAGAUUGAUACCUUUUGGGUGCUCCUUUUAGGGGUAUCCACAUAUUUGAUUUGGCACAGUUUUUAUGCUGGAUGCUCUUCCCUUUCUCAACCCUUAUUUAUCUGGGCCUGGGAUCGGCACUAAAAUGCAUAAAUGUGUCUCCCCAAUGCGUAGGUUCACAUAACACCAUGCACUGCUGUUACCAUCAGUGUGACUUCUACGAUUACACCACACAAGCUCACAACCUCUGCAGCUAAUUUAUUUUUUAAAAUAAUAUUUUAUCAAAUUUUAAAUCACAUUAAAAAAAAUAAGCAAUAAUUGUAACAUGAAGGUUUGGACACCCUAGUACGUCACUUUACUGUCAAUACUUUCAGAUAUCACAUCUUGUAAACACCAGCUGUUAAUUUUUCUAUUAUUGUUUUAUGAAUUUCCACCUGUAACUCAUAUAUUUCUAAGCCAUUUUCUAGACAAACUGUGACGCAUUUGCUUCAAGAAUUACCUGAAAUCUAUUUUUUCAUCUUUUCAUCCGAUGUUUCCUGUGCCACUGGCUGUCACACAAACCCAAAGCGUAAUAGAUCCGUCCAUGCUUAAUAGUUAAUGAAGUUAUGUGAGAUAGCUGCAAAGGUUGUGUUGUUUUUUUUUACUUUAAAAAUCAGGUAAAACAGGGAUUUAUAUUAAAUACAUCUUUGCAUAGAACUGUAAAUCUGCUUUCAGUCAACCAGGAAUUAUGUAAUUAAUAUGUUUUUGAUUAUGUUUUACAAUGUGAGAAAAAUUAUAGAUGUUAUUUUUUACUUAUUUAUGACUACAAAUUGUGAACUGUCCAAACAGUUGAAACUUGUAAUAAGCUGUAUA